AUGCAAUGGUGGGCUUAUUUGCUUAUGCUCGCCGUGUACAUUGUCUACCUUUUGAUAGGCGCCGCGGUCUUCCAAAAACUCGAACAGCCUUUUGAAGAGAAGCGCUGCGACGACGCAAAAUCAAAAGUUCGCGAAAAAAAGGACGAAUUUGGCAAUGAGCCGAACGGGUCACCAAUUUCUCAUUCCGAAAUUAAUUAUGCUCAUCGAUCAUUGAAAACGAUAUUGACGAUAAUAUCGAUAGUUGAUGGUUUCGUGAUCCAAACUCAGUAUUUUUACAUUUUUGGGCUGAACAAAAAGUUCUGCGAUGGAAUCGAUCAGUGGAACAAAAAUGAGACGCUUUCCAACAACACCUCUGAAGUCAUCAAAAAACUGAUCAUGGAAUGGAAAUCUUACGACUGCUCGCAGGAACGAGAAGACAACGCGUGGAAGACCAUUCAGAACAACAAGACGCAGGUGCAGGAGUACAUCAAGGUCUGGAAGGCGAUUGCGGCUCCUGUUCUCGCAAAAAGUUUUAAUGAUGAGCUUCUGAGUAUAAAAGGCGAAACAGUGCGAAAAGUGAUGGAACGCACAGCCCAAUUCGGCAUCAACAAUUACUUGGCCCUGAAGAAAGAUUGUACAGAUCAUUGGAACUUCCACAACGCCUUUUUCUUCGCGGGCACAGUAGCUACUACGAUUGGAUACGGCAACAUUUCGCCCUCCACCAACCACGGCAAGUUGUUUUGCAUAACCUUCACGGUCAUUGGAAUCCCCUAUUUUGCAUAUAUGGUCGGUGCACUUGCCGAACUCAUCAGCUACAAAAUUGAUGACAUUGUAAAGACACGGCUUUUCGAAUAA